CAUCAUACAUUUUUUUUGGACAGGUGACACCACUGGCUGUUGAUAUUGCCGGAACUCAUCUGGUUGUGGUCAGCACCAAAGGUUUUUAGGAAUGAAGAAGUUGCUAGCUUCUAUCAACCAUCGUAGUGAACGUUUUCAAACUUCUAUUUCAUAUAUAAUUAUUUUGAUAUUAGUUAUCAGUGGGGUUUGCAUCGUGUGCGACCUAUUCAACUUGCGAAAUGAAGCUGGACAAAACAAUAAAGUUCCAUUGGACCUUGAUCACGUCCACGAAAUCUUGUUGUCAAGUGGCAGUGAGGAAGCGCGUGAACGGGAUGAUAAUUGUAGACUAUGGGAUUGCGUGAAUUUGUAUCGUUGCGGACAAAAGGGACACGAUCGCCUCACCGUGUUUGUCUAUCCCUUGCAGGAAUACAUCGAUAAGACAAGUGGGAAUACCGUUUCAAUACUUACAAGGGAAUAUUACCAAAUCCUCGAGGCGGUUGUACGAAGUCGUUACUAUACACCUAACCCAAAUGAGGCUUGCUUGUUCCUUCCAAGCAUUGACACCUUGAAUAGUAAUUUGGUUAAACCUGGUACAGUGGAGCAAGCAUUAGCUAUGCAGAAUCAUUGGGAAAAUGGCGAGAAUCACAUUAUAUUUAAUAUGAUACCUCGAGUUGACGGAAACAUUUUGAAAACUGACCGUGCAAUAGUGCUUGGAGGCGGAUUUGAUUCAUGGACCUAUCGGACAGGAUUUGAUUUAGCGUUACCAAUUUUUAGUCCCACACAGCAAAAAGUAGCCGAUUUAUCCGCUAAAUCAACGCACCUGCCGCGUAGAAAUUUGUUGGUAGCCGUUUUACCAAACAUAUACCAAAAGUAUCGUAGAUAUGUACAGACUUUGGCUGAUGACAACCCGAAUGAUGUCCUUGUCAUUGAUAACUGCAUUAUAUCAAAUAAAGAAUCUAGAAAUGGAAUUCAUUGCAACAGUAGUCGCGCCAAAGUUUUCGAAUAUCCUCGAGUGUAUGAAAAGGGUACUUUCUGUUUAUACUCGCAUAGUGUAACAAUGGGACAAUCGGAUUUAAUGGAAAUGCUUGCUUACAACUGUAUUCCCUUGAUUGCGGUAGAUAAUUUCGUACUACCUUUUGAGGAUGUCCUUGAUUGGCCCCUAUUCUCGAUGAGAAUUCGUGAGGCUGAAAUGCACUCCAUAGUAAAAAAGUUGGAAAAAAUAUCACAUACAAAAAUUUUUGAAUUACAACGGCAAGGUCGUUGGGUAUAUAAUCGAUAUUUCAAAGAUUUGAAUGUUAUAACGCUAACUGCAUUGGAGAUUUUGGAAAAUCGGAUCUUUCCACAUCGGGCUCGUAGCAUAAUGGAUUGGAAUAAACCGGACGAUAACUACCGAAGUACUUUCAAUCCACUCUUCUUGCCGGUUAUUUCUCCCAAGGCGCAAGGCUUUACAGCCGUGAUACUAACCUAUGAUAGAGUGGAAAGUCUGUUCACAUUGAUUCAAAAAUUAGCUAUGGUGCCAUCACUACAGAGCAUACUGGUUAUUUGGAAUAAUCAAAAUAAGAUGCCGCCACAUUUGUCUGCUUUUCCGACAAUUUCCAAGCCUCUUAAAGUAAUUCAAACUCGUGCAAACAGGCUUUCAAACCGCUUCUAUCCAUAUAAUGAAAUCGAAACAGAAGCUAUUCUUACAAUCGAUGACGACAUUAACAUGCUUACUACAGAUGAGUUGGAUUUUGGAUAUGAAGUUUGGCGGGAGUUUCCGGAUCGAAUUGUUGGAUUUCCUAGUCGUAUUCACGUGUGGGACAAUGCAACUAUGCAUUGGCGUUACGAGUCUGAAUGGACUAACCAAAUAUCCAUGGUACUCACUGGAGCAGCAUUUCAUCACAAAUUUUGGAGUCAUAUGUACACAUAUGCCAUGCCUGGAAAUAUCAAAGACUGGGUAGAUCAGCAUAUGAAUUGUGAAGACAUCGCUAUGAACUUUCUUGUUGCCAAUAUUACAAAUAAGCCACCUAUUAAAGUAACACCACGGAAAAAAUUCAAAUGUCCCGAAUGUACAAAUACCGAAAUGCUCUCAGCCGAUUUGAAUCAUAUGCGCGAAAGAUCAGCGUGCAUUGAUAGAUUUGCCAGCAUUUAUGGACGCAUGCCCCUGCAUAGCGUUGAAUUUAGAGCAGAUCCUGUGCUCUUUAGAGACAAUUUCCCAGAGAAACUAAAGCGUUUCAAUGAUGUUGGAAAUCUGUAAUAAUAUUACAUUAUUAUUUUUACAAAUAUUUUAGAAACUAAUUUCCAUGCCAUAUAAUUGUAAUACUAGUACUAAAUAUGUAUGUACAUAGGUAUGAACUGCAAUUUAAUAU